AUGUCUGCCGGAAAAGGUGGAUCAGGAAAUAGAGGAGGAGGUGGUGGUGGUCGCGGAGGUGGAGUUGGUGGACGUGGUGGAGAUGGAGGUGGUGGUCGUGGUGGAGAUGGGGGAGGAAAAAAUGGAGCCGGCAAAUCAGGAAGUCCUGGAAGUGAAAACCAAGCAGCUGAGAAAUCUAACGAAGGCAAGAAAAAUCCAAGGGAUGGCAAGGACGGAGGAUCAGGACGUGGUGGCGAUGGAGGUGGCAAACAUGGUGGUAAAGGAGGCGGUAAAGAAGAAAACAAAUGA